GUUUUAUUCUACCUCAACCUCAGUGAGUGUUUAGUAGUUUUAGUAGUCCUAAGGUAGGCUAAUUAAUUAUAGUCAAUCGCUGAGAAGUGUAAUUAAAGAAUAGGCCAACCGGACAAAAAUAUUUCUUAGAUGGAAUAAGUUUAAACUUUGUUGCUUUUUGAAAUGCUGUAGAGUCUCGAUAGACACAAUGAUUAAGUUAACAACAUGAAUUUUACUCAACAUAGGCCUAGAUGCAGGGAGCCAAGAGAACAACGAUGAAGUAACUCUGAUUUUAUCCCGAAACAAUCUCUAGUCAUCAUAAUGCUCACUAGCAAUAGACCAAUGGUUGGACGGACGUUUGUCCUCACGCUGGCUGUUGGAAUCACCUUCGGCUUCAUGUUUGCCUACAUCGUCUUGUCAACGACAACUUACCACAUAGGAGAAAUGGCUAUGUUUCCUGUCAGGGAAUUAGAUAACGAUUUUCGUGCUUCAGACCCCCACCACCAUAGCCACUUGGACAACUUGCCUGAACUGAAAGGCGAUGUAGGCACACACGGUCAUGACGAAGAGUUCCACAAAGACGAAGACAUAGUAGCCAAAGAGUUAGCUCAACGUGUGAGAGUGUUGUGUUGGAUCAUGACUUCGCCAAACAACCAUCAGAAGAAGGCACGUCAUGUCAAGGCUACUUGGGGGAAACGGUGCAACAUCUUGCUCUUCAUGAGCUCACAAAACGAUACAUCGCUGCCCUCCAUAGCUUUGCCUGUGAGUGAAGGUAGGGACAAUCUGUGGGCCAAGACCAAAGAAGCAUUCAAGUAUGUCUACACCAACUAUCUGGACCAGGUGGACUGGGUGUUGAAAGCAGACGAUGACACGUAUGUGAUAGUAGAAAAUCUGCGCUACCUGCUGUCAGAACACAACUCCUCUGAUCCGAUAUACUUUGGUUGCCGGUUCCGACCCUACACCAAGCAAGGCUACAUGAGUGGGGGCGCAGGUUAUGUUUUAAGUAAAGAAGCUGUAAGGAGGUUUGUGGAGGAGGGUCUUCCAGACAAGAAGAAAUGCAGAGAGGACAGUGGAGGUGCGGAAGAUGUUGAAAUGGGCAAGUGUCUGGAGAGGGUGAACGUCCUUGCGAUGGAUUCCAGAGACUCGUUUGGUAGAGGAAGGUUCUUCCCGUUUGUCCCUGAACAUCAUCUUAUCCCCGGACAUUCGGAUCCCAACUUCUGGUAUUGGAAGUACGUUUACUACCCUAGUCCAGAGGGUAUAGACUGCUGUUCAGACAGUGCGAUAUCCUUCCACUAUGUCAGCCCCAACCAGAUGUAUGUUCUGGACUAUCUCAUCUACCAUCUCAGGCCGUACGGUAUCAACCAUUAUGUGAAGCCUGGCGUGACUCGUGUAACGCCGAGCAGUCCAGCUCCUCUGCGUGACAACAGGUGAUACGCAAUCGCGACUGACUCUCAUGUGCCAUAGACGCAACUGAGCUGUGAGCCCACGUGUUAAUCUACUGUUCAACUAGGACUAUAAGACGGCUCUAACUCACAAGUACUGUUUGGGUCUAUUGUUAAACAAGUUUGUUCUAGCCUUGUUGGGAAUAUAUAAAUAUUUAUCUAUAUAUAUAAAAGGCAAAGCCCUCACUGACUCACUGACUGACUGACUCAUUUAUUAUAAAAUACAGAUUCUUGACAAUGUUAAGACACAGUACUGAGAACUUCCUCUCUCGGCCCGAACUCUUGCCUGAGCUUGUUUGGACCAUCACAAGCAAAUAUUUUUUUAACUGAACAUAUCCAAAACUGAAUAAAGUCAUUCAAUCUACAAACGGGAAAGUUCUAACUCAUAAGUAGUAACUCAUACAGUACAGCUAACAUUCAAGUACGUAAUUUUUUGCUAAACCAUUCCUGCAUCAGUAUUCAGGGCCGGUUCUAGUAAUUUUUUAGAGUUAAGCGAACACCCGAAUCAGCGCCAUUUAGAAUUCCCCCCACCACCACACCACCAAUGAACUGUAACCCUACAACAAUCCUUAACCCUAUUUGUGAAUUUUUUUCACAAAAAUGUUGGGAAGAUUUUUUUUUAUAAGUUUACGUUAGAAGAAUACUUGCAAUAAAAGACUUUUUCACCACACUAUGAUGUUUUAGCUGUUUUACAUACGUUAAUUGGUGGCUGAAAGUUACGUUUUGCUGGCCAUGCCUGCUGUCAUUGUCAUUUGGGGACCGAGCAGGUUUUUACAUCCCUAGGGCCAAAAAAUCAGCUGCCCGCUUACUUUCUUAAAACAUGAAUGCAUAUUAAAUACACAAUCAGUAUCCAUAACAUUGCAAUAGAAUUUUUUUAUUGUCACCAUUGCCUACCAACUAUUAAUUACAUGUUUGCUGAUUCCCCAAAUAAUCUCUUCACAACCUUAAAGUUGUAGUUGUGUUGACUAUCAGUGUGAAUUAUUAUUGUGAUGAAUAAUGGUAAUAGGGUAUAGUGUGGUGAAAAAUAGCGUUCGUACCACGGACCGAAAUGGUUUUGCAGUUCUCAAUUGUUUCAAGUGCUCGACUUCAUCUCGAGCUUAAAAAAUAUCUCGAGCCGGAAAACCCUGAUUUUCGGCCCUAGGUACAAAAUAUACUAUUUUCAACUUCUGUUUAUUAUUCACUGAAAUUUAGAAUUUUACACUUUUACUCAUCAUAUACACUUUAGCAAAACCCAAAGUUAACAAUUUAUUUCUAAAUGUGAAAUCAGUUUUUACAGGAUAACUUGGAUGCGAUAUAAGUUUUUAUAGCAUAUUACAAUGAAAAACAGGUGUAGGUAGAUGACAAGAGAGGAAUUUUUAAUUGAAUACAUUAAACAUGUAGAAAACAUGAAAAACCAAAUUGAAGUAUUACCUUGCCAAAAUAAUACAGAAUGUUCAAUUUAAACAGUUCAAAAGUUACGGUGUCGUAGGCUAACUGUUGUGUUUGUGUGAACCAACUUAAGACCAAGUGAACAGCAAUUUUAAGGAUGAGGCCUAUCAGCUGCCUGAUAGCGGCGCCGCGCUGUCCGCUGCCGAGCGUCAGCUCACUACAAUUCGAAACUGCAAAACAAUGCCUUGAGUCUUGAGUCCUUGAGUUGAAGUGCUGUACAAGUAUACGCAUUUUUCAGGUGCUUUUGGUACAAACAGAAUAAAUGCCUUUGGUGUGGUGCUUUGGGUACUUGAACUCUGAGAAAAAAAACCAAAUUAAGUUGUUCACUUGUCAGUUAAGUUGUUUCCAAUUUUGUCUUAUGAAAAAAAAAUUGUGUCCCGUUGGCGCCACUUUUUUGUGGCGCCAUAUGCGACCGCGUAGUUCGCGUAUAGGUUAAACCGGCCCUGUCAGUAUUCAAUUUGCUAACACGUUUUCUUCAGCCAAAAACUGCGAAGUUGUGAGGUAGUUAAGUAAAUUCACAUUCUUUGAAAAAUAUUUUAAAUUUAAAUAUAUGCAUUAUGUCCUUAUCAAUAAAUUUGUAUGUUUUAUUAUUAUUCUCAACACGUCAUUUCUUAAUAAAACUUACAUUUUCUGAGCUUUCAAUAUGUUUAAUAGAGAUUACCCAUCAGAUGAUUAACAAACGGUGGUUUAUUAAUAAGUUAUAUUUUAUAAACUGUUUUUGUAAAUUUGUAAAAUAUGAUUAUUUUGAUAUUCUUAGGAUAGGUGCUAAAUGUUGUUAUGUUUAGAUGUUGUUCGUUCUUAUUAUAUUUCAAAUAUAUUACUGAUGGAACUCGUAAACUUGCAUUUUUCUGUAGGGUGUUAUUAAAGAUCCUGUAAAAACAUUCAGUUUCUUAUGUGAAUACUAAAACGGUUCUUGCCAUUUGUGGUAAUUUGUGUCUGAAUGUUUUUACACAGGUAGAUUGUGUAGCCGUAGAAAUAAAUAUUUAUUCUCUUGUAAUUCUAUGUCGGUUGUGUUUUGAACUAUGCAUGCAUAUGUAUAGUGACAACGAAAGAAUACAGUAACAGUAAAUAUUCUCAAGUUCCUUUUUCUUUUAUUUGGGAUUUUCAGACACAACUGGUGUAUAUUUUUCAUAAUAUCAUUGAUAAUAUCUAUUUACAUAUUAGUGGAUCUUAUCUUGAAAUAUACUUUACAAAAGAGAAACUACAUUUAACAGUUGCUUUAUAUAGUUUAAGUUAAAUAGGGUGAUUAAAUUGUUUAUAUUUAUUUAACUAGAUAUAUAAACUAUCUAUACUGUCUCUUCUCUCAAACUGAUCUUUGAUUACCAAAGUAUUUGGCACUGCCAAGUAUUUGUCUUAAUAAGACAAGAAAAGUGAUUAUCAGUAAAAAAAAUCUAAUGUUUAUAACCUCGAGAAUACAAAUGCUGAAUUCCGUAAAUAUUGCAAUUGAUUAGUUAAUACUGUAUUAAAUUUAAUAUUUAUUUAAGAUGAUUUUGACCUAGAAGUAUCAUAAAUGGUAUUUUUGAGAUUAGCUUAAAAAAUAAAAAUAAAAUCUAGUUACACUGAAAGUAAAUUAAGGUGAUUCCUAAGCUUCAUCCUUAGCUAAGUACCUGUACAAGAAAACAAUAAUUUGAUACUUUUGUACAAAUUGUACAGAGCUAUAAAAUAAAUACUGAUUGCUUUUGAAGUACAAUCGUAACAAUACUUUUUAGAUUUAAUUAAUUUUAUGAGCAUAUGAAUCAACUGAAACGCACAUACUAGCUUUUUGUAUUAUGAUUUGUGAUAUGAUUGUGAACAAAUCAAUAUUAUUUAUUUUGUUAAGACAAGUCAUGUUAUUUAUGCAAUGUUAGUUAGGAAGCAAAAUAAUAGUCUAUAUUUUUAAUACUUUAUUUACACAAAUCUUAGCUUAUUUUGUUGAGUCUGAACAAACUUUGCUUUAGCUUUCCAGGAACAAAUUUGAGAUUUGUUAAUAUUUUUCUACCUUUUUUCCUCAACUACCUAAUCAUAAGUGAUGUUUUUCCUAUUUUGACUGUAGUCAUACGACACCAAAGAUUACACAUGUGUAAUGUAUGUUACCCACCAAAGAUGUACUGUAUAUUACAAUGUAAUAAAACAUGUAAAAUUUA